CUUCGUUUUCACCUUGGUUCUCGAUCGAACGAAUUCCCCACUAUCCCCAGCGAUGCCGAAGCCGAACCACCAGGUUCCCGAAGCCGCCGGCGAGAUAGGCUCCGCGGGGAGGACCAGCGUCAAGGGACGCCGCGGCAUCCGCCGUCGACCGCGGAGCGCCUCCGCCUCCUCCUCCUGGGGCGGCGGGGCAGCAGGAUGCAAGAAGAAGAAGGCGCAGGUGGGGGAAGAGGAGAAGGAGGCCUCGUCCACGGUGCCCGCCGUGUACGACGCCAACGCUGACAUCGAAGAGGAGUACAGGCUGUUCCUGGAGAACGUGCGUGUCUACGAGAACGACGACUUCGUGGUGGAGUACGAGGGGGUGGUGGUGAGGUAUGGAGGAGAAGCCGUGGCUGAUCAUGGCGCAGGUAGAGGGGCUCCUCCGGUGAAGGGUGUUCCUGACCCCAACCAGCUCAACGGCAGUGUGCAUCGGCAGAAGGCAAAAAUGGUGGAAGGGCAGAAGAAGAACAAGGAUAAGAAGAAAAGGGCCAUUGUCCCAUAGAGGAUAUUGAGAAG